UUGUGAAGGUUAAAUAACUGAUUCGCAGCUGAACAUGACAGUAAAAUGUUAUAAAUUGCGUUGUAUUGGAAAAUCAAACGAACACUGUGAUAUUAUCGCGAUGCAUCCAGAAUACAGCAACUACUCCAACAAACAAUAUAUCCCUAACCAAUAUUAUUACCCAAUGGCAGCAUAUGCGCCUCCAAUUGCACAACAAACAAACCGAAUUUAUGUGAACAAGAAUUUUAUGCAGCCGCCUGUCAGUAACACAGUUCUAGUGAAUCCAAACUUCAGCAGACAAGUUCAUGUUAAUCCGAAUUUUUCUAAACCCAAGACCGUCUUUGUCAACCCAAAUGUGUUUAAUAAAGUUGGUGUUGCCAUGCAGCCUCCUAAAACUGCAUCAAGUACAAUUCCAACCACCACAACCACAUCCAGCACAAUGUAUACAAAAUAUUCAAAAGUCAACAGUAAUUUAUCUAUGGUGAAGAAAACUUAUUCAGUUAAUAACUUAAUUAAGGCUCCAAUCAUUAAAACUAAAACUAAACUGGUCAGAGUUGCUACUAAAUCAAAAAUAAAUUCAACAAUAUCUCAAAGAGUUAUGAGUGAAAAGAGUUACAAACCAAAGCAAAUCAUUAGUAGGCACAAGUUAAUUCGAAACAACCUGGUACAAAAAUCCAAUAUUGUAAAAACUAAAUAUAAACUUGUGAGAAGUAGCAAUCAGUUGCCAAAGAGUCCAAGAAUGAGACAGCAAUUGAGAAAGUUAUCAGUAUCAAUGUUGAAUUCUCCAAACAAAUUCAAACUCGAUAAUAGGACAAGGAAACAAUCUUGUACAAUCAUCAGAUCUAGAUAUAAGUUGACCAAAAAGGCUUAUAUGAUGAGAUUAGAUCCACAGAACAGCAUUAUUAAAAAUACUAAGUUUAAAUUGAUUAGGAGUGGUAAGUUGUCACAAAGUACAAAUAAUUCAAGUGACAAAUUGAAGAAAACGCCGAUGUUAGUUCGAAAAAAGAAGUUUACCAAACGCAAUUUGGUAAAAAUCAACAAGAGGAAGUUACAGAAGAAUAAUAUUCCUUGUGAAAUUUACAACAAAAGAGGAACCUGCAAAGGCCUGGCAAAUGGAAAAUGUUCAAAGAAACAUGAUCCAAAUCAAAUACAAAUUUGUGUCUGGUUUUUGCAAGGGAUUUGCCGAGAUGACAAAUGCACGUUAUCGCAUAAAGCAUCGCCUGAAAAGAUGCCAACUUGUAAAUUCUACUUGGAAGGGAUUUGCCACAAGGAUAACUGCCCGUAUUUACAUGUCAAGUUGAGUAGGAAUGCGCCAGUGUGUCGGGACUUCAUCAAUGGUUAUUGUGCGAAAGCACGCGAGUGUGAUAAACGACAUCAAUUUUUGUGUCCGGACUUCGAGCGCGAUGGGAAAUGCAGCAAGAAGUUGUGUAGGUAUCCACACGGCAAGGCGGUAAGACAAUACAAAGACACGUUGCUGAACGUUAUCGCCAGAAACAGAAAAUCAAAGGUGCAGAGAAAAAGCAAAGCGCAGCCGGUGAAUAAAGUUUCUGCGGAUGUUAAAACGGAGAAUAAACAAGAUAACGUCGAUAAUAAGCGAUAUUAUGAAUGCCCAUCAGGUGUUGCUAAUGGUGUAAGUAACGUGGGGAAAAAUGUUGAAGAUUCGGAGGAAAUCGAAGAGGUUGGUAGUAUUUUCGAUCGGCCGAAACUUGGCGCGUUGCCUUCGUUCAUUUCGCUGUGAUCUUUGAUUUUUUGCUGCUGGUUACGCGCGCUUUGAUGAAAUUUACAAAUAUCUAUUGAUUUACUUAUUAUUGCUUGAUGAAUAAGGACUUAUUAUAUUUUUAAAUAUAUAUUGGUUUAAAAUAAAGUUAUUUUCAAUUAA